AUGAAGUUUAUCUCUCUCCUCCUUGCGGUCUCCUCCGCUGCCCUUGCCGCUCCGGCUCCGGCUCCCGCUCCUGAUGCCGGGCUCACAGCUCGACAAAGUGACCUCGUCUACCCAUCCGGUACCUUCCGCUACUUCAUCAACUCCGGCCGAGUCAUCGAGGAUCCCCAGGAUCAGCUCCUCGUAGUCAAAGACGGGAACCGCGACCACGAAUCGAGCACGAUCGUCACAUUCAAUCUCGGUGAAGAGCACAGAGGCCGCACCUGCAAGCUUGUCUUCGACCUCUGGGACCGCGACGUGUCCACCGGCUCGCAUCAGAUGGACGUGUUUUCCGUCCUGAACCCUCCAGGACAAUUCACCGUUGCCAGCAUCCCGACCGUCCGUCCGGCGUCCAGCAGGGAUAAGCACAAGGGACGCAUCGAAGUGCAGAAGCCCGGCAGUGCGAACUGGCUUAUGGCGUAUGAUGGUUACCCUCAGUUCCCUUGUCCUGUCGGGGAGGUGAUGGGUAUUGAAUUUGUUGGCGUGGGUGACCGUGUGGAAAUCCGCUGGGAUAUUGGUGUGACGGGACCGAGAAUUCGGCCGCUGUGA